CUUGACCACUCAGCGCAUUUUCAAUAGCGUCCUUUGACGCAAGGCUUUCCGGACAGAAAUCGGAAUGACACCACGAAUCCUACUUAUUAAUGCCACGAGGCUCUGUGAAGAGUGAGUAGUGUACUUUGUACGGGUGCGGGUGCAUUGUUGUUUGACUUCACAACCUCAACAUCUUGAACACCCCGCCAAGUAAUUACGCAUUCGAUUAAAGCCCACCAUGGACGAAUCCAGAAACUAUAAACCAUCGAAGUCAAGCAGUUUCGGUAUGGGGAAGUUGAAAAUGGACAAUCUAAUGCCUGCGAUGCAGAAAGCCGCAAAGGUCACAACGAAACAUACUUUAAAAGCUGGAGAUAAGCUACAGACAUUUGCCCAGAAGCAACAGUCUCAAUUUUCUGCAGCAUAUCAGGCAUACAAUCAGCAAGGACAAUUUGGUGCUCAAGCACAUAACCCACAAACCCAUCCUCAGCAGCCCUACCAACCUCAAGGUCAUCAGUAUCAGCAACAUACAGCUGCUCCCCACACACAAAGACCACAGAGCUAUCAAACUCACCAACAUGCCCCAUCUCAACCUCUAGGAUAUCAGCAAUACCAAUCUGACCAGCAACUAAAUCACCUCUCGCAUCAGAUCCAACAAGGUGUCAAACACCAAGUUCAUAAUCAAUUGCACAAUCAGCAACAGCAGCAGCAGCAGCAGCAACAACAACAACAACAAAACCAAGCAUACCAGAAUCAACAAAAUGCAUACGCAAUGCAGGCUCAACCCGUCAUGUUCGCUCCAUCAUCCUUACCUUCCUACGACGACAGUUUUCUACCAGCGACUCCAACAGAUCCGGACUCGUAUUCUCUGGCAUCAGAUUCUGCCGACGGCGAUACGGGAUACGAUUCUGAUCCUCCGGGCUUCGAUGAUUCAUAUGGGCCUGCGACGCCAAGUAGUUUUGGAGGUGAUGAUGGAAUGGACGGUAUGAGUGAUAGCGGGGUAGAUGAUACAGGUGCGGGGUCGGACGUGGACGUGCAGAGCGACCCGGAUGAUUCAUUCGACGAUGGCAAUGAUAAUAUGAGCUUCGAUGAUGGAGACAGUUUCUCUAUGUAAAUACCUGGUGGCGGUGGGAUAAUACCAGACUUAUGAACAAAAGCAAGAUGUAGAGACAGACAUCAGAAGGCACCAGUCUACAUGUUAAAACACUAUCUCACAACUAACCGAGAAGGACGACAUUCUUGGGCCUUGGAGGCACAUAGGAUCAAGGGCUUGCGGAUCUGACCCGAAAAGCUUACAGGAGAGCAGCUGUGUAGCCUAGUGGGAGGUUAGCUUCGAGCUAAGGAAUAGGGGAAGCGAGCCCAAGCGAAGUCAGAAUAGGAGGACAUGGCAUCAGUCUUCAAUGUGUCUUUCUGACGCUGGAUUAUA